AUGAAUUUUUUUGAGGAAGGAGAGAGGUUGAAGGCGAUUUUCGACGGCUUGGUGAAGCAGCACAAGAAGAGCAAGAGGAAGGUUGUCGAUAAUAAGAAUGUAAGCAAGGAGAUACUCCAAGAGUAUGAAGAGAACAGAUUGAAGUUAACGUAUUUUUUCAGGAUGCAUUCCAAGUUUAUUAGGUCAAGGAAGAACAGCGUUGGAAUAUUUUCGAUAGACGACUUUGUCAAGGCCAGGACGGAGGAAGCAGCGAUGGUUUCUUCAAAGGAUGGAGUGAUUGGAGAAGAGAGGGCUGUGAUGGGAUUUUCUAUGGGAAGGCCUGUGGAUUGGAAUGGGGUGAGUGGUAGAGGAGGCAUGAGCUAUGGGACAAGUAGAGGGGAGCCAUUUUAUAUGCAAGGUACUAUUCCUCAUGGAAGAUGGAGAAUGCCUAUGGAACAAGGUGGGCCUAUGUGGAUGGGGCCCAUGGGAUAUCCUAUUACAGGAAGGCAAGAACGAACGCCGUUGUGGGGCCCUGCAGGUUUCCCAAGACAGAACGGAAGUAUUGAAGGAUUUCCCUAUGCUCGACCUCAUUGGAUGAGAUACAGAAGCUUUAAUGGAGUUUAUGAUGACCAUGGAAUGUGGACGACACCUGGAUCGAGGAUUAAUAGGCAGUACACGGGAUUUGGUGUGGGAGGAGAGUGUAUAUAUGAUAUGGAUGGCAGAUUUCCUAACGGAUAUGAAAUAAGUAGAACCGAAGAAAGAUAUGGAAUGACGGAAAAGAUACCGAUGCCUUCCUCAGCAUGGGGCUCAUCCAGGGGAGAUGAGAGAAGAAUGAAUGGAAUGGGGCCACCGAUAGGGUGGAUCGAAGGAAAUCGAAUGUAUGGCCCAUAUGGAAGAAGAGAAGAGAUCCCAAGGCCCGGGCCUCCGCAUCUAAUUUUUCCAGGUUACUCGGAUUAUGGAAGUGGCACCACACCUCAAACAUAUAAAGGAGGUAGCUCUGCAGCAGUAUGCUCGUUAUAUCCUGAGAUACCUGGAAAGAGACGGUGUUUUGGGCAAUAUACUCAAAAUUUCACGUGCAAAGAUGAGGAAAUUGGGAUGGCAAGAACAGAAAUUCCUAAGGCCGACAUCCUGGAUGAGACACCUGUCUCUCUGGAAAGAAGUGAGAUAUAUUCUUCCAACCUAGAAGAUCUUUGGCGAUUAGAUAUAAUGUCAGAGAAAGAGGAGACACGAGAUGUAGCAAAGAAGGAUGACAGUGAAAUAGCAUUUUCAAAGGAUUUACUGAGGAAUGGCUCGGAAGGGCCUAAGGGCGAAUUCUCUGAUGUAAAUCGUGAAGCAGAUUCCGAUGUGGAAACAAUAGAGGAUUUAAUCGAGCGCAAGGAUAUUGAUGAGGAGGUGAAGGAGUUUAUCUAUGAGCUUUGUGACGGGUUUGUUGACCACAUCAUCCAUAUGUCAUGUGCGUUGGCUUAUCACAGGAAGAAAGACGUUGUCGAAUUAUGUGAUGUCAAGCUAGCACUAAAAACAGAAGUUGGAAUUGAGGUUCCUGAGGAUGAUGGAGAUUCGAAGGAUGUGUCUUCUAAGGGCAAGGAAAAGAGAUAA